AUAAUCCAGAACUCAUUUCAGCUCAUCCGGGGGUGGGUGGGGGGUGUGAAAAAACAUUGGACGCGUCCUAAAACGGCUCACCCACUUCCACAUGGCUCCUUCUGCCACUCUCCGCUGUCAGGAAAUCCGGGGUUCGGAAUGUCUCGGUUGAAAAACCUCGCCGCGGAACCAGGGUGGGGGAAUGCCGGUACAAACAGGUUUCAUCGCCUGCAAACAGGCGUCCGGGAAGCUCAUUCCGAGUGGGGUCUUCGUGUGCCUGCCUUUGCAAACCUCUUGGGCGGUCAAGCCACAUACAUAACACGCUCCGAUGCUCCUACUCAGUACCUACUCAGUAUAGGGUUCCUGGCGAGGCUUGUCGUGUAUAAGUACGGGGUAUAUGCAAGGUCCCAUUUGUGUGACUGCUGGGCCAUAUUGAAGUCGUCAACUCGACGCAUGAGGCCCCAGGAAAGAGGAAACGACAGGAAUAAACACAGAUAUCCGUGCUUUCAGACAUGGAGCCACGCCUCUGCACUACAUCACUACAUCGUAAACGCCCCGAACUUGACAGCAUCUACAUGCACCUUUAAGCUUUUGAAGGACGAAUCAAGGCCCUUGGACGUUUCUGGCUAGAACAACCGACCCACGGCGAGACCACGCGGCACUUAUCACUCUGUUACGCCAGGCUCGUCUUGAACAGAUUGUCAGGGAAGUCGAACUCCUCACCCCGGUUACACAGACGGCGAUGGGGUGGCAGCCUCGAAUGCGCGCCGGCAAAUGAGAAGAUCAGGCGUCUGCACUUGCCGGCUUGUGUUGCUCGCCUAUGCGAUGCUCCCAGCUCGUGAAUAUUCUGGGGGGGACCCGUCC